AGGAUUGAAAAACUUCUGUAUCGUACAAUUGUUCUACCGAAUGAAAAUGUCGCCACCCGCUUUCUGUCAUCGGUUUACUCUCGGCCUCACCCCCACAAUUUUGCUCGCCAGGCUGUAAAAUCUUUGUGCUUGAAGGGGAACAUAUGUGUCAGUAUAGCUGCAGAGAUCAUUUCACUCUGCAGAGGUACUACGAACCUGGCACUAUGGAUAGGCCCAUCUGAUUUGGACCAGAAAACAAAUCCUCUCCUGGUGCCCUUGGAUGAGCUCGUGCUGACAUCACUCUCACUCAGCAUAUCAUUGUUAUUUAGUCACACUCCAUCUUUCUCGCUUUCCACACUUCAAGUCUUUCGUUCUCUGACUCAUCUGGAGAUUCUGAAUGGCUGGGUGCUGUGGAGUUCUACAGUGGGUGUGGAGCAUCUUCAUGGACUGACACAUUUGUGCCUGCAUAUUCACACACGGAGGACCAAGCCAGGAUUGGUGAUACCCCUUCUUAGCCAUCCAUGCAUCCGAGUACUAGUUUUCCGCAUCUCAGAAGGCAUCAAUGUAGUGCAAGCGUUCCUUGAAUCCAAUCUUCUCAGCAACUUUCGCAUUGUCCUGGUAUCUCAAGAUUUCAUUAGCCAUGGUGAUUUUGGACGUGGGGACAUAUCAUCUCUCUGGACGGGCGCUGAGAAAAUAGUAGAUUGGAGGCGGGUUAGCCAAGGUAUGUCUUUCAUCACAAGUACGCUAGUAGCCAGCUCACCACAUCAGCAGGAGGGCCUUUUAGUAUACCAGGCCCCAUGA